GGUAUAAAAAGGCCCUUUAUCCUGCAUAACAGCACAACUCGAGCAGAUCAUUGAAAAUGGGAAAGAUUGUCUUCUACGAAGAUCGUAACUUUCAGGGACGCUCUUAUGAGUGCAACUCUGAAUGUCCAGAUUUGACCUCAUAUUUUCAUCGCUGCAAUUCCAUCCGAGUGGAAAGUGGGAACUGGAUACUGUAUGAACACCCCAACUACAGAGGCCACCAGUAUUACCUUAGCAGGGGAGAAUAUCCUAAUUUCCAGCAAUGGAUGGGUUUCAAUGACUCUAUUAGAUCCUGUCGUCUUAGUCCACAGCACCAAGGUUCAUUCAGUGUAAAGGUCUAUGAGAGGGAAGAUUUCCGAGGUCAGAUGAUGGAGUUCACUGAAGAUUGUCCUAAUGUCUAUGAGAGAUUCCGUCAUCACGACAUCCACUCAUGCCAUGUACUUGAUGGUUACUGGAUGUUCUAUGAGGAACCAAAUUACAGGGGCCGUCAGUAUUACCUGAGACCUGCAGAGUACAGAAGAUAUACUGACUGGGGUGCCAUGAAUCCAAGAAUUGGCUCAUUCAGGAGACUUCACCAUUUCUAAUAAGUUGUAUUAAUUAAUAAACCAACAUGUAAUUAAUAAAUCAAUAUGUAGAAUACAAUAAAAGCAUCAAGUAAUUAUCA